GAACUAUCCCCGCCAAACACCACCAACUCUCUUUCCAACAAAGCAUUCGUUUAGUGGGCGUCUCAACCAGCCAAAUCUGCCUUUAUUCGCUCCAAUAUUGUAUAAGUAUUCCCUUUUACGAGGAGGUCAUCUCGUAAUAUACCGCCACAAUGUCUACCACCGUGGAUAAGAUCAAGCAAGUCGAGGAUGAGAUGGCCAGGACACAGAAGAACAAAAACACAUCCUAUCAUUUGGGACAGUUGAAGGCCAAGCUUGCUAAGCUAAAACGUGAACUUUUGACGCCGUCUGGAGGCGGUGGAGGCGGUGGUGCUGGUUUCGAUGUUGCUCGUACCGGUGUUGCCAGUGUUGGUUUCAUUGGGUUUCCCUCUGUCGGCAAAAGUACAUUGAUGAGCAAGUUGACGGGCCAACAUUCUGAAGCCGCGGCCUACGAGUUCACAACCUUAACGACUGUUCCGGGACAAGUGAUGUACAACGGUGCGAAGAUUCAGAUUCUGGACCUUCCUGGUAUUAUCCAAGGUGCCAAAGAUGGUAAAGGUCGUGGACGGCAGGUUAUUGCUGUAUCCAAGACGUGCCAUCUAAUCUUCAUUGUUCUCGAUGUUAAUAAGCCCCUCGUCGACAAAAAAGUUAUUGAAACGGAAUUGGAGGGAUUCGGAAUCAGAAUCAAUAAACAACCCCCUAACAUCGUCUUCAAGAAGAAGGAUAAAGGCGGAAUUGCCAUUACAAGCACUGUUCCCCUGACUCACAUUGAUCACGACGAAAUUAAAGCUGUCAUGGGUGAAUAUAAGAUCUCUUCUGCGGAUAUCUCCAUCCGAUGCGACGCGACGAUUGAUGAUCUCAUUGAUGUUCUUGAGGCUAAAAGCCGCGCUUAUAUACCUGUUGUUUACGCUCUGAACAAGAUUGAUUCCAUCACUAUUGAGGAGCUUGAUCUCCUGUACCGAAUCCCUAACGCCGUUCCCAUUAGUUCGGAGCACGGUUGGAAUAUUGACGAGCUUUUGGAAUUGAUGUGGGAAAAACUCAACCUCCGUCGAGUCUACACAAAGCCCAAGGGGAAGGCUCCCGACUAUACUGCCCCUGUUGUGCUUAGGGCCAACGCGUGUACUGUCGAGGACUUUUGUAACUCCAUCCAUCGGACUAUCAAGGAUCAAUUCAAACAAGCUAUUGUCUAUGGUCGGUCCGUCAAACAUCAACCACAGCGUGUUGGUCUCACCCACGAACUGGGUGAUGAGGAUAUUGUGACGAUUAUCAAGCGGUAAAAGGUACCGAAAAUAUAUCAACACCGGGGUGUUGGCCCGAACACGAACAACCUACGACGAAUCGCGUCGAGAAAGUUCAGCGGGCUGUGUGCUAGGGUUGCGUUUGCAAAGGACUCUAUCCAAGAGUCCCAGACCUUGUGAUAGAACCCUGCGAAAUGGUGCGAGAGGAUUGAUUGGAGGGGAUUAUUUGCGCACGGGCAGCAGGCUGCGAAAUGCCGCUUGGUCCUGCAAGAUCACUAGCUAGCCUUGGGGUACCUGCACCGCGACUAAGUCUGCAUUCCUCUGCUACCCGAUGUGAUGCGCAAUCGGUUCUCAUCGCAAAGAUGCGUGAGGAAGGAACGAGAAGCUGUUGGGUUUGAAAGCUGCCCUAAACGACGGUGUUUCUUG